CUUUUAUCUUCAACCUUCUCUCUCUAACAGACACACACACACCACAAAGCUGAUUGAUUGUUCUUUUCAAUUUCACUCAACACCCUCUCUCUCUCUUCAAUCUCUAAAAAAGCUUUUGUACUUAUUAUCUCAAAAAGGUUUUUCUGGGCUCAGGGUUGGGUGGAGGUGGUUGGCAUUAGCACAAAAACAAGAGAGAAAGAAAGAGAAAUUGGAAAAACCCAAUUUAUGUUUUGGGUUUUCAUUACUCUGUUUUCCUUUUUCCUUACAAAAUUCGAUCUAUCCUCUCUUUUCGGACCCAUUUUGGCUUCUUUCUGUGACUCUGCUGGCUUGACGUGAAAGAAGAAGGAGACCCAUCAGAGGGAAGGGGAGGGAAAAAGCAAGCCCUCGCUAAGAUUUGGAUAACAAGUUGUUUCUGGGUUUUGUUUUCUGUUUGUUCUGAGCAGCUUUUUUUGGCUCUGUUUCGAUUCAAGAUUUUUUUGGGGGUUUUCAAUCGCUGGGUUCUGUUUCAAGUGAUUCGCCUCUCAUUCAUUGCACAUCAGCAAGAGCUGGCUUCUGUCACGUCACAGCCUCGUUCCUGUUUUGGUUGGACCUUAGAAGUGAAACAUAGUGUUGUCUGAAGUAUCUUUUUAACUGAAUUCUCUCAAAUCCCUGUUGGGUGAGAGCCAUUUUUGGUGAUUUGAAAGCUCGGAGGAGGUGCAUAGUUCAAAAUGAAUAGAGAAAUCAAUUCUGCAUGUGGGUUUGCUUUCUUUUUUGGUUUGCAGUUUGUUGCCAAUUAUCUUCUGAUUCUCUCUGUUUUUAAGUUGCACAUGAGUUAAAGAGAAUUUUGAAUAUCAAAAUGUCGAAGACUAUGCUCUGAAAUACUGAUUAAGAUAAAAUGAAAGUGUGGUAAUGUAUGUAAAUUACUGUGGAAAAGGUCGUGUCAUUGUAGGCUCAGGUUUAACUGGCCUGAAUUGUGAGCAUGUCGGUCGGGAACAUAAAUUGAAUCCAACAUUGUGGGACAGAUCAAUAAUGCACAUGUUUCUGGGUUUGGUCCUCAGCCAUGUCUUUGAGCAGCAGUGGCGAUAUCUGCUUCUUGGGGUGUGAGAAUUGACUUUCUAGAGUGUAAAAAUUUCAACGAAUCGACGUGGUAAUGAGUCGGGAUCAGAAGCGGGGAAAGCAGGACAAAGGUUCUGAUGAUGUCCAGAAGGUGAUUGUUGCAGUGAAGGCUUCCAAAGAAAUUCCUAAAACUGCACUUGUUUGGGCGUUGACUCAUGUUGUUCAAAUUGGAGAUUGCAUAACUCUGCUGGUUGUUGUCCCUUCUCAAAGCUCUGGUAGAAAAUUCUGGGGUUUUCCGAGAUUUGCUGGGGAUUGUGCAAGUGGUCACAAGAAAGCUCAUUCUGGGACAAGCUCGGAGCUGAAAUGUGAUAUUACUGACUCCUGUUCUCAGAUGAUCCUUCAGCUUCAUGAUGUUUAUGAUCCAAAUAAGAUAAAUGUGAAAAUUAAAAUUGUUUCGGGGUCGCCGAGUGGGGCAGUAGCUGCUGAGGCCAAGAGAGCUCAAGCUAGCUGGGUUGUGUUAGACAAACAGCUCAAACACGAGGAGAAAUGUUGCAUGGAAGAGUUACAGUGCAACAUUGUUGUAAUGAAGCGAUCACAACCAAAAGUUCUACGUUUGAACCUGGUUGGGUCUCCAAAGAAGGAACCAGAAGUGCCCUCUCCGUCACCUUCUGAUAUAGAUGAAGGGUCUGAAAGCCAUCAAAAAGAAAAUAGUGAUCCUCUAGAUUUCAUUCGGGGACCAGUUGUGACCCCCAGUAGCAGUCCAGAGUUGGGCACACCUUUUACCGCUACGGAAGCUGGAACAUCAUCAGUGUCGAGCUCAGAUCCUGGAACUUCACCAUUUUUCAACUCUGAAAUGAAUGGAGACACAAAGAAGGAGGAAUUGUUUGUUAUAAAGGAAAAUAAAGAACUUGAUGCUGCUAGUUCAGACUCGGAUAUUGAGAAUUUAUCUGUCUCUUCUGCGAGUUUAAGAUUCCAACCGUGGAUGACAGAGUUUCUAAGUUCUCAUCUUCAAUCCUCACAACACAUAAGUGGAAGGUCACAGAGAUGUGAUGAUAGGAAUCAAGGCUCAACAAGAAAAUCUUUUCUACCAAAGUCUUCUACACUUGACAGAGAAUCAAGUAUUGGAAUGUCAAGCCAUAGAAGUGACAAUGAUUUUCAUGGGGACGUACGAGAUGCAGUUUCUUUAUCCAGGAACACGCCACCAGGCCCUCCUCCAUUAUGUUCAAUAUGCCAACACAAGGCACCAGUUUUUGGAAAACCUCCAAGGUGGUUCAGCUAUGCUGAGCUGGAGCUUGCUACUGGUGGAUUUUCACAAGCCAACUUUUUGGCUGAAGGUGGAUAUGGAUCUGUUCACAGAGGGGUACUCCCAGAUGGACAGGUGGUCGCUGUCAAGCAGCACAAACUAGCUAGUUCUCAGGGAGACCUUGAAUUUUGUUCAGAAGUCGAAGUUCUUAGCUGUGCACAGCAUCGAAAUGUUGUUAUGUUGAUUGGCUUUUGUAUAGAGGAGAAGAGAAGGUUGUUGGUGUAUGAAUACAUCUGCAAUGGUUCACUGGAUUCUCAUUUAUAUGGACGCCAACAAGAGCCACUAGAAUGGUCUGCCCGGCAAAAAAUUGCCGUGGGAGCUGCAAGGGGCCUACGAUAUCUCCAUGAAGAAUGUAGAGUGGGUUGCAUUGUUCACCGGGAUAUGCGGCCAAACAACAUUCUUAUCACCCAUGAUUUUGAACCACUAGUUGGAGAUUUUGGCCUUGCAAGAUGGCAGCCUGACGGAGAUACUGGUGUUGAGACAAGAGUUAUUGGAACAUUUGGGUAUUUGGCUCCAGAGUAUGCUCAAAGUGGCCAAAUCACAGAAAAGGCCGAUGUUUAUUCCUUUGGGGUGGUACUGGUGGAGCUAAUUACUGGAAGAAAAGCCGUAGACCUUAGUCGGCCAAAAGGUCAACAGUGUCUCACUGAAUGGGCACGCCCCCUGUUGGAUGAAUUUCUCAUUGAUGAACUGAUCGAUCCAAGGUUGGGAAAUAGCUUUGCAGAGCAUGAAGUGUACUGCAUGCUGCAUGCCGCAUCGUUAUGCAUCCGAAGAGAUCCCAACGCAAGGCCUCGUAUGUCACAGGUUUUACGGAUUCUGGAAGGCGACCUCGUCAUGGAUGCUAAUUACUUAUCAACUCCCGGAUACGAUGUGGGAAACCGGAGUGGUCGAAUGUGGACCGAGCAACAGCAGCAGCAGCAAACCUACAGUGGCUCGUUGUCAGAUGAGACCCUAGAGAGGUUCAAUGAAAAAGUCUGUGUUGAAAAUUUAAGACCAGGUUACUGGGAAAGGGACAAGACAAGGAGGACUUCAAGUGGAAGUGAUUUGUAAAGUGGCUCAACAUUCCUAGAAUAUACACUACACUCUUUAGUCUGCUGAAUUUGUACUUCCCCAAUUAAUUUUUUUGGGUAAUUCUUUUUCCUCAUUAUAAGCUUCUGUUUGUGUAUAGUAGUAGUAUUAGUAAGUGGAAAAAUAUGGUGGGGGGUUUUUUUGUAAGUUUUGUAGGAAAAAUAGUGUAGUAGUAAAAGCCUAUAUGGUCACUUUCUAACUUCACAUCUGAAGAUGCUUUUAUUUUUUAUUUUUACCAAAUCUAGGAAGUUGUUCUUUGACAAAAUAA